AUGCUUAUGAGUUGGUACAUGAGCGGUUAUCACACGGGAUAUUAUCAGGUUAGGUUUCUUUGCUGCGACGUUUAUUCUUGGUACCUUUUGGUUCUCAACAAAAAAAAAAUUGAAAUCGUUUAUGUGGAAAUUGCAUACUGUAGUAACUGA